UGUCAAGAAAAUGAAAAUAUGUCAUCAGAUAUGUUUGAGAGGUUGAUGAGAGAAAGAAGAGAAGAAGAGGGGUCAUUUGUAAGUAAGAAAGGUGUUGAUCAAAGGUGGUAUUGGGGUAUUCACUUGAAAAAGCAAAUCACAAAGUUGAAGAAAGAAAAGAAAAAUAUAAAAAAGAAGGUUGACGAAAAAGAAGUUGAAAAGGAAGAUAAUAUAGAAGGGGUAAUAGAAAUUGAAGCAGAUAGUUCUAUAACUAUUCGUGAUUCAAGUAAAGAAGAUGAAGAAAAGAUUUUAGAUUUGGAUUUUGAUGAUGAAGAUUGGGUAGAUUGGCCUGUAUUUGUUCUAGAUGAUAAUGAUAGAGGUGAAGGAAGUAGUAAAG